AAGUGAUUUCCAUUAUUUCUCGUCUACGUAUACAAUUGAUCUUCCCCCAUCUCCAAUUCAGAUUUGGACAGAGGUAUUUUUUGAUCCGAUUCUUACGAAUCCUGAAUCUUCCUCGUAGAUUAAUCGAUCGAUCGGUUCUUAAUUCGCGGAAAAUUGUUUCAGUAACCUGUGAUCGUGUCGGUUGGGGUAGAAGAGAUCGAAGUGGGAGCAAAAUCAUGAUGAAUCGGCUAUUCGGGAAACCCAAGCAGGAGGCUAAUGCUCUCCAAACUUUAGACAAGCUUAACGAGGUAUCAUCUACUUAUCUACUUCUCUCUCUCAAUUUACGUUCGAUCUGAAAGAAAUAUCGAUCUCUCUGUGUACUGAUCUCUGUACUGUUUGUUUAAUCUUAAACUUAAAUCACCAUAAGACAUCACUUCAAAUCCGAUUCUCGUUUAUAUUUAAUACUCAAAAACGAUUGAAUUGGGGAUUUCUGAGUACAAUUUAUAUGAUCGUUUGCUUUUAAACCAUAUUCAAAUUUUGUUGAUUUGUUCAUUGCAGACGCUUGAGAUGCUAGAGAAAAAGGAGAAAGUACUCUUGAAGAAAGCUGGUGCAGAGGUUGAGAAGGCAAAAGAAUACUCCCGGGCUAAGAACAAACGAGCGGCUAUACAGUGUUUGAAAAGGAAGAGGUUAUAUGAGGGACAAGUCGAACAGCUUGGGAAUUUCCAGCUCCGUAUUCAUGAUCAAAUGAUUAUGUUAGAAGGUGCAAAAGCAACAACCGAAACUGUUGAUGCAUUGAGGAGUGGAGCUUCUGCAAUGAAGGCAAUGCAGAAAGCAACAAAUAUUGAUGAUGUGGAUAAGACCAUGGACGAGAUCAAUGAGCAAACCGAGAACAUGAAACAGAUCCAAGAAGCAUUGGCGACUCCAAUGGGGGCAGCGGCUGACUUCGACGAGGAUGAGCUUGCAGCAGAGCUUGAUGAACUAGAAAGUGAAGAGCUUGAAUCGCAACUUCUACAGCCGGCAACAACAGCUCCUCCAUUGCCUUCAGUUCCAGUGCCUGCAGGGCGUCAACCGGCUCGUCCUGUUCCCCAGAAGCGGACUGCUGAGGAAGAAGAACUCGCUGCAUUACAGGCUGAGAUGGCCCUCUAAGGUUAUUCACCUCUCCGAGCAGAGACAUGUAUGCAUUGAUAGACACGAACAGACGAUGUAUAUAAGGAUCUGAAUCAGAUUAAUUCGGAGCGAAAAACUUUUAUAAUCCCCGUCGUUAAUGUUAUCUGCAAUUUGAGUGUUCUUCACAUAAUUUAUCUUUUGUAAUUUUUGUAUCUUUUUAUGACACUUUUUCCUUUGGUUAAUAAUCACUUUACUCCUAUGUUC